AUUUGGUGGACAAGUGGGGAAAGGGGCCAGGAAGGGAGCACUAGGGAAGCGCAGAAGGGGGCGGCAGCCAGGGCGGCCGGGCAGGAGGCGGGGCGGCUGUGCUCGGGAAGGCCCCGCACCUCCCUCGGCUCUACCCGCCCUGUAAGGACGGACCCGGCCGGGGACACCUGGGCGGCGCAGCCCUCUGCCAGCUCGCAGUCCCGGGAGCCGUGGCCCCCGGUGCCCGGCUCGGAGCAAGCUUUCACUCUUGAUGUCAUGGGACUGUCAGAACAUUUUACUUUUCUUCUGCAAAACUUCAUCCUGUGAGUCACCGGUGACAUGAGUUUUCCUCCCCCUUUCUUGGGGGGGUCUCUCUAGGCUUUCAUGAACUAGAGCUUUCUGGGAAAAGCAGAGGAUGCUUUCUGGUUCCCUUCCCGUGGCAGAGCAUGAUGGGAAGGUUGGGGAUGUGCCAAUGUCACUGUCUCUCAUCAAGCUGAUGAUGAGGGUGAAGAGAGGAUAGACUGGUCCAGAGAGGGUGGACAUAAGGAUGCCGCUGAAGGCCCAAGCAAGGAAUCCAGUGUCCUCUUGAGAGCUUCUUCUGUCCCUCAUCCCACGGACCACUGCUUUCUCCAGGGGCAUGCCCUUAUAAUUUUGCUGUCAGCCGCCCAGAACUUUCAUGGAGUCAAAACAAGACUUUUUCCAACAAACAAGAUAGCAGUUUGUUUUUGCAUCUUUUAAUCCUCCUGGUUGUCGUCUUAGCUGUUUUCCCUUGAGAAGCCUAAACCAAGUUUGUUACUGUUAUUUUUGUGGCACUCCAAAAUGAUUGACUUAAGCUUUCUGACAGAUGAGGAACAAGAGGCCAUUAUGAAGGUCCUGCAGCGGGAUGCUGCCCUGAAGAGGGCUGAAGAGGAAAGAGUCAGACAUUUGCCUGAAAAAAUUAAAGAUGACCAGCAACUAAAGAAUAUGAGUGGCCAAUGGUUUUAUGAAGCCAAAGCCAAAAGGCACAGAGACAAAAUCCAUGGUGCUGAUAUCAUCAGAGCAUCCAUGAGAAAGAAGAGGGCUCAGUUGGCAGCUGAGCAGGGUAAGGACAAAGCAGUGAGGGCAAAGGAAAGCUGGGUGGAUAAUGUCAACCAGGAUGCUUUCCUUCCCCCAGAGCCAGCUGUUGUGGAAGAUCCAAAGGAUGACACAGCACCAGCAGGCCAAAGUUCCAGUGUGGUGAAUCCAGCCCCCACGGUGAUUGAUACCUCCCAGGAAAAUACAAGGAAAUCAACUGUGUCUCCACCGAAGCAAAGGAAGAAUCCAUUUAAUAUCUCCAAGUUGCCAGAAGAUCACUUAUCACAACAAAACAAAGAUGAGCAGUCAAAAAAUGGAAGAACUGGCUUAUUUCAGAUUUCAAAAGAGGGUGACUUGUCAGAAUCGAAAGAAAAGACAUCUAACCCAGAUAUUUCAAGUCAAGCGUUAGCGAAACCAAAGCAGCCGAUGCACAUGGAGCUUGAAAAUGGGUCACAAAUCAAAGUUCCAAUCCCCAAAGCUAGAAAAUUGAUCUACAAGUCAAACAAUUUCAAGCAAGAUGAAAGGAGGGACUCUCUGAAUGCAAGAGGGGCUCCAAGAGGGAUCCUCAAGCGCAACUCCAGUUCCAGUAGCACAGACUCAGAGACACUUCGAUUUAAUCACAACUUUGAUCCCAAAAGCAAACUGAUAUUACCUGGUCUAACCAUCCAUGAGAGAAUUUCUGAGAAGGAUCAUUCCUUAGAAGAUGCCUCUUCCUCAAAUUCCCUAGAGCCACUAAAGCAUGUGAGGUUCUCUGCAGUGAAGGAAGAACUUCCAUGGGGUCCAAGACUUGUCCUUGGCCAGGAAGUAGGAGAAUUCAGUGUUUUAGAAUCUGACAGGUUGCAAAAUGGAACAGAAGUUGCAAGGAACACAGACGAGUUUCAGAAUCACCACCCAAAACCCUCCCACAGAAAACCUUUGUCUUUUCAUCAGUCAGUGUCAAGCCCAAGUAUAUCAGAAAGUGAAACACAUCAGCCAGUGAUUUCUGGUUCUGUUUCAAAUGAUGGACUUCACUGUCACUCUGAAGUUCUACCUGCAAGUUCACAGUCUGUGGAGAAUUCACCCACAGUCAGUGAACAUCAAGAUAAAUCUCCAGAUUUAACAAGACUUGAAUCAGAAUGGCCCCAAAGCCCUGCUGAUGAACUGUCUCAGAAUGUUGAGCCUGAGCCGUCUCAGUUGCCAGAUCACAGUUUCAGAGACCAUCAGCAAGGUAAGCCCCUUCUUGUCAUGGCUCUGAAUGCUCAGCCAUCCUCACACUCUGGUCCGUGUGCUACUGAGAUAAGGAAGACAACUGAUGAUUCCAUAUCUAAAGUCCUAGACUGGUUUAACCGAAGUUCUCAUUCAGAGGACAGUAAGUCAUCCCUCCAACAUCUCCAAGAAAUAGAUUUCAGACAGAAAACAGACUCUGAAUCACAGGUUGCUACUGACUCAAUGAACAGUGACACCUGUCUAAAAGAAGAUAACCCAAAGGCCCUACCAUCCACCAAAGUUAAAUUGCAGCCUGUGAGAUCUGAUCCAACAUUCCACAGUGAGGGAGAUACACUGAUUCCUGUAACUUGUCGAGACAAUGAUGUGAAUAUCAAAUCUAACUCUAUGAAUUUGUCCCAACAAGGCACCGCAAAGGAAGGUCCAGAUACACUGCAAUCAUUUGAAUUCUAUGGAACCCUGAGUCAAGGAAGUAAAAAUAUAAAUUGUAACAAAGGUUCUAAGAGCACAGGAGAAGGAAGUGGGGCACAUCCCCCAAACAGUAACUAUGCCUUCCAUGGUCUCCAAGGAUCUGAUACAGAAGUCCAAGUUCCAUGUAACACUAAGCACACUAUCAGCUUGGAUAAGGAAGAUCCCAAACUUCAUGUACUUCAAAAAAAUAAAGCAAACUCAUGUGUGAAUUUUGACUCUUCAAUAAUUGUUCAAGAAUCAAUUUUGAAUGACAAUGUCAGGAGAAAGAGAAAAAACACCAAUGCUUCCGUUCUAAAAACUUCCUUAGCAACAGAUGAUACUGAGUUGCCACUUGGGGCUGCCAACAGUGGAUCUCAUUGGAAGAAGCCUGAGGUCCAACUACAGCAAGAAGUCAGUGAGCCUCCCAAGAACCAAGUACUCAGAGAGAAAUACAAAAGAGUAAGUGACAGAAUAUUGUUUUGGGAAGGAGAAAAGACUGGUGCUAAGUUAAAGGCAAAAGAACUCACAUCUUCGUGUAGCCAGGAGCCAUCUAACACAAACCAGCCUGAGAAGUUACAGGGCAUGACCACGGACAGUUCAGCUGCAGACCAGAGUGACUAUAGUCAAGUCACUGCUAAACGAGUGGUCUUUGAUGAGGAUGACCAAGCACCCCAUCUCUCCAGUUUUAAUUCCUCAAAUAAACCCAAAAAGACAUGGCCUCCAAUAUCAGGACCAUCCAAAAAGUAUCCUUCAGCUGACCAAUCAGAUAGAGUGUCUCCAUUUCAGAAUAAGAUGAACAAACAUAUAAAAAGAUUGCCCAUGGAAGACAGUUCACAUUCUAGAACAGAUGGUGCUUUGUCAACACUGCAAUAUCCUUUAAAUACUGGAAAUGAAAUACGUACUUUUUUGGAGAAAGACAGAUCUGUAAUUGACAAAUCAAUUGCCAACUUUAAAGUUCUGUCCCUAAAAGAAAGAACAGAUGAACCCAAUACAGAACAAGUCUAUAAUCACUCUCAGUUUGAGAAUUUGAGAAAGUUUUGGGACUUAGGAGCUAAUCCAAACACUAAAGAUAAUGAUGAGAAGAAUAUUACAACCAGCAAACAAAAUUCCAUGCCUUUUAAUAGCCAGAAAUCCAAGGAAUUCAAUGACAUGAAAUCAUCAGGAGAAAAUACCCAUAAAGUAGAAGGACUUUUAAAUCAGAAAAACAUUAUGGCAACAGAGGACAUGGAGAAAUUAAAUUCAAAAUGCACACUCCAAAUGUCACCAGAAGAAACCACAUUUCCAUUAAAACCACCCAGAAAGUUCACUUAUCAGUUGGUAGGAAAUGAGUCUACAAAGGAGAAUGUGGAAAAAACUAUGGGAUGUUUUGUUACUCCAGUGAUUAAAGAGGAAAAGGAUUGCUCAGAUCAAGAGGUUCAAGAAGCCAUAGUGAAAACAAGCAUUUUCUCUAAAGAUUCCAAAGACACUUUUAAUGACAGUUUACAGAGGCUACUUUCAGAAGCGUUAUCACCAGCAAUCCAGCCUUCUGGUGGGAAUGUCCAUGAACAGGUCCUCAAAGUAGGUGUUUCUGAAAAUAGGACCUGGUCGGAAAAGAAAGAUUUUGCUGAGAAUGAAAAAGAGAUCACAGGUCCCGAGGCGAGUUCUAUGAAGUGUGCAAACAAAAUAGGGCUUCCAAAGGCUGAGCAGAGCGCCUUGACUGCUGAUCUCAACAGACCCCGGGAGGAGGCAGCUGGAACCUCACCGGCUCCCUUGCAGUCUGCACUGGAACGUGUCACAACUAGAGCCAACUCCCAGUCUGCAGAGGAUGGAAUUUUUGAAAAGUGGAUAAAACAGAAUCACAGCAGCACUUCAGCUGAUCAGAGAGGGAGAACAGCUCCUUUUCUAGAGGGGGAGGAAACUUCGGGAAGCACAGUGCUCACCCAGAGUGCUGGAAAUUGUGAGCGGCGGUGGCUCAGUGAGGACGGUGCGCUUCAGCAGCCUGCAGAAGGGUCUCGUCCAUUGGCUCAGCCAUCCCAGCCUCACACAGAAAGUCCUUUUGAGGAGGUGUCCAACUCUCCACCAAAUACGCCUUUUUCCUGGGAUACUUGUUUUGGUCCCCAGGAUGGGGCAUUGCCUUCUCAAAGGGAAAUUUCAGAGACUAUGGAGAGAACGGUUCUUCCAUCCAAAGCUGCGCUGAAUGAUGUAAAUGCUGCAUUGCAGAGGCUGCUUAGAGAAGCUGGAGAAGCGAGAGCAGAACGUUGUGAAAGAGUACAAGCAGCAGGCAGCCCCUCAGGUCCUCUGAGAGCAACCGCACAGAGGGCUACUGUGGACGCUGUUCAGGACUUUGAUUUCUUUUGUGCAGCUCCUGAUAAAGCUCAUGAAGAGGGAUUUUAUUUAUCUGCCCAAAAGUCUCCAUCAGAAUUUCCUAUUAGGUCACCUCAACAUAGCAAGGAGCUACCUCAGGAAGUGGCAGAAACUGUGAGGGAAAUGAUCAUUCAGCCCAAAUCAGAGUGCAUUGAAUUUAGGGCUGGCUUAGAAAAACUACUGAAGGAAACACUAGAAAUCUCCCCAUCAAAAUAUGAAAAGGAUACAGGGACUAUUUCUCCAUCAGAGAUGACAGGUAGUUGUGGGAUGCCCAAGCAAGUUGCUUCUGAAUUCCAUCAUAAGGAAAUACAAGAAACCAUAGAGAAGGCUGAGACUCCACCAGUAACUGAGAGUGCUUUUGAUACCGGGCUUGAGAAACUCCUCAAAGAGCUGUCUGAAGCUCCUUGUCAACUCCAGCAGUCGGUAAAGGGAGACACUUUCAAGAAGCAGCCCUCUCAGGCAGAGCAGUCCGGGUUCUGGGGGGUAAUGCCCCACUUUGGUUCGGGUGUCUCAAGAGCUUCUAAAAUGGUUAAGAGUAGUGGUUUGGAGUCUCAAGUCAACCAGGGUGAUAAACUGUUGGGAGGAGAUAAAGCUGUGACUGGUCCAUCAGAUAUUUGUGUUUACUCAAGUGGAGUUGAGGUUCCUGAAACCUCAGAGCUUUAUGUAGACCAUGAAAUAGAGACCAUUAAAACUAUAAGGCCCCCAGAGAACAGGGGUGGAGAAAGUGUUAUUGCAGGACAACAAGGGGCUUCGCAGGAACAUGGCGUUGAAGAAGCUCCUAAAGAAAUGAGUGUGUUCAGAAAUAAGCAACCCGUUUCUCUACCAGAAAUGAAAGAAAACUCUACAAAAAUGAGCGAAGUUGAGUUGAUACUGCAAACACCAUGUGAAAGACGAGACAAGGAACAGGAAGCAGAAGGACCCUCUGAAUCUGAGUUUUCAGAUGGAAACACCAGUUCUAAUGCAGAAAGUUGGAGGAACGCCUCCAGUUCAGAAGAAGAACCCAGCCCUGUUUUGAAAACUUUGGAAAGGAGUGCUGCUAGGAAAAUGCCUUCUCAAAGUCUAGAAGACAUUUCAUCAAAUUCGUCAAAUCAAGCAAAAGUAGAUAAUCUGCCAGAAGAAUUAGUGCGUAGUGCUGAAGAUGAUCAAAAAGCAGAUCAGGAACCAGAUACAAAUGAAUGCGUACCAGGAAUUUCCACAGUGCCUUCACUACCUGAUAAUCAGUUUUCUCACCCUGAAAAACUCAAAAGGAUGAGCAAGUCUGUUCCAGCAUUUCUUCAAGAUGAGAGUGAUGACAGAGAAACAGAUACAGCAUCAGAGAGCAGUUACCAGCACAGGAGAUACAAGAAGAGCCCAAGCUCAUUAACCAAUCUUAGCAGCUCCUCUGGCAUGACAUCCUCGUCUUCUGUGAGUGGGAGUGUCAUGAGCGUGUACAGCGGAGACUUUGGCAACCUGGAAGUGAAAGGAAACAUUCAGUUUGCAGUCGACUAUGUGGAGUCACUGAAAGAGCUGCAUGUUUUUGUGGCUCAGUGUAAGGACUUAGCAGCAGCGGAUGCUAAAAAGCAGCGUUCAGACCCAUAUGUAAAGACCUAUUUGUUGCCAGACAAAGGCAAAAUGGGCAAGAAGAAAACACUUGUAAUGAAGAAAACUUUGAAUCCUGUGUAUAAUGAGAUAUUGCGGUAUAAAAUUGAAAAGCAAUUCUUAAAGACACAGAAGUUGAACCUGUCUGUUUGGCAUCGGGACACAUUUAAGCGCAACAGCUUCCUAGGGGAGGUGGAACUUGACUUGGAAACAUGGGACUGGGACAACAAACAAAACAAACAGUUGAAGUGGUAUCCUCUGAAGAGGAAGACAGCACCAGUUGCCCUUGAAACAGAAAACAGAGGUGAAAUGAAGCUAGCUCUCCAGUAUGUUCCAGAGCCAGCUCCUGGCAAAAAACUUCCUACAACUGGAGAAGUCCACAUCUGGGUGAAGGAAUGCCUCGAUCUACCACUGCUAAGGGGGAGCCAGUUAAAUUCCUUUGUGAAAUGUACCAUCCUUCCAGAUACCAGUAGGAAAAGCCGCCAGAAGACAAGAGCUGUAGGGAAAACCACCAACCCCAUCUUCAAUCACACCAUGGUAUAUGAUGGGUUCAGACCUGAAGAUCUUAUGGAAGCCUGUGUGGAACUCACAGUCUGGGAUCAUUAUAAAUUAACCAACCAGUUUUUGGGAGGUCUCCGCAUUGGCUUCGGAACAGGUAAAAGCUAUGGGACUGAAGUGGAUUGGAUGGAUUCUACUUCUGAGGAAGUUGCUCUCUGGGAGAAGAUGGUAAAUUCCCCCAACACUUGGAUUGAAGCAACAUUGCCCCUCAGAAUGCUUCUGAUUGCCAAGAUUUCCAAAUAAUCCUGGUCCAUGGAUGCCACUGACAGGUACUACACAGGUGGAACUGAGCUUGAAAAAAUAACUGACUUGAUGGACAAAGAUCCUCAUGUGUUGCCACUAAUGAAUACAACUCAGCGUCUCCAAAUCUACCUGCAUGUGUUUCUUUGAUGACAAGUUUCAAGAGUUAUAAAUGACAAGAGGUGUGCCCUUGUGAUGCCAACAGUCAAGAAGAUAUUUAAACAAGCUAGGAAAAGUGAACUCUUGCUU